AUGGGUUCUCAGUUAAAGUUGCUCGCCAAGUCAGAGCUGGCGUUGGAUGCGCGGCGAGAGCAUCGAAUCAACGCCAAUUCUUUCCAGCAGGAUGCCUUGACGACCUUCAACGGAUGGCAAUACACCUGCUUCUAUACUCAUAAGGAUGCGACAAGCAACGUCCUCUAUGUCAGCCUUGCUCGGCGGCCCAUUCGUGACUCACUGGGUAGCUGGGAGACGUUGACCUUCGAGGACUACGAGCAGACCGCGGACGAUGGGCACAACACCAUCUCUAUAGGAGUCUGUGCCGGAGACGGUACGAUACAUGUGUCGUUCGAUCACCACUGUGACCCUCUGCGAUACCGCAUGUCAAUCCCAGGCGUGGCGACGAAGCCGGAAGCUCAUGAGUGGAAAACUUCACUCUUCAGUCCAACCCACAAUCAGCUUCCUGGAUACACUCGCACCGGCCAGCUAGGAAUCGAGAAGCUCUUUCUUGAGACAACAUACCCGCGCUUCAUCCGCAUCGAUGACGACCUUCUUCUAAGCUAUCGCAUUGGCAUUGCGGGAGCAGGCUCCGAUCACCUCUUCAAAUACAGCAGUAAAGACCAGUCGUACUCCUACGUCGGGCAAUUUCUUACCGGCGUCAACAACAACCCGUACAUUAACGGCAUCUCAUACGCCAACGGGCGCAUUCACGUGUCUGGCACGUAUCGUGGGUUCGUAUGGUACGAAGGCGUGGAUGACCCAGAAGCGCGAACGCACACUGUUCAGGCCGGGCCCAAUGGGCCAGAGAACAACCACAAUCUUUUCUACGUAAACAGCGACGACGGCGGAAAAACAUUCAACAACACAAAAGACGAAAGGCUAGCGAAUCUCGAAGUGGGCGAGACCGUAUAUCCCGACAGCGAAGGGCUCAUCGUCUUCGACAUCCCAAUGAAUAGCGGCAUCCUGAACCAGGAGGCGCAAGCGGCAGACGAAGAAGGCGGGUUCCACGUUCUGAACCGAGAGAACGAAGUCUGGAUACACUACUACCGCAGCCCGGAGGGGCGAUGGAGCCGACACGCGUUGCCCGCGGACCUGCAGCCUACGCGGACGGGAGCGCGUGGGGACGUUAUUGCUUUGCCGGGCAAGAGGACUGUCGUCUUUGCCCUGCCGGGUAAUCGAGAUGAUAAGCUCACCGUUAUCGGUACCAGGUUGCCUACCACGAUAUCUGCGGACGACGAGGUCGCGUUGGAGUAUCGCAUGCUUUGGCAGGCGGAAGGGUUCUCCGGCGAGCCGCAGGUUGAGACGUUUGAGUCUGGGUCGCAGCAGGUGGUCUCGAUUUACACACGAACUGAGGAAAAGGAAAGAAAAGUGAUUUUGUUGGACUUUGCUUUGGAGAAGGACUUUUGA